AUGUCUAUGAAGCCGGAAGCAGAUUCGGAGGGCAGCUGGUACGAGGUCGAUUUUGAGAAGAUUGACCGCUUUGGGAGCACCUCCACCACCAGGCGUGACGAUUUGGGAGUGGAGCGGCAAAUGAAGAACUGGGAGGACGAGUCAAGUGAAGAGAAACAGUUUUCCAGCGAGCGUCAACCGCUCCCUGUUGUCAUGGAAACUGCUUCCACAGAUAAGUCAAAUUUAAUCUUCCAGAAGUCAUCCACUGAUGACAGGGUUGACCUGUACACCUCUCUCUUGUCCAAUCAAAGCUAUGCCUCACAUGAAGACACCUCCUACUUUUCUGGCAGCCUGGGCAGAUCUGGUGACAAAAAUACAUCCAGCAGGGAAGACUUCACCCCUGGAUCCCAUUCCCAGUUGACCUCAGAUUCCGGCAUCAAUGUAAACCCCAGUGCAGACCAGACUGACAGCUCUCACAAGAUACAUGACUCUGAGGAAACUUUCGACUCUUCCUACAACUACAUGGACAUCAGUCGUAAAGAGGACUCCUGUAGCUCACAGCGCCCCUUUGAGGAGUGGAGGAUGAGCGGCCUCUCAGAGCCCACCCAGUACACUAAACUGGAGAAGAGCCCAUCCCCAGUAGAAGUGGACAUUGAAGACAUCGGCUCUGCUGCAAUCCUGGACUCUCAGACCUUCCCAUAUGUAGAGGAACCAUCUGAUGAAGAGCUGUCUGAUUACCAGCCCUAUCGGUCUCCAUGUACCGGCAGUAGUUCGAGCCCAGUAAAAAUCACCCUGACAGAAAUUUCACCUACAUCUGUAUCGCCCACCACAGUCCAGCACAGCCCUACGUUAACAGCGUCGGAGAAGGAGAGUAUUCUGAGUCUGGGGCUGGAGGGAGUGCCAACCGUCACCCUCUCAGAGCCUGAAGAUGAAAGCCCUGAGUCAUCCACACCCCCUACAGAUGAGUCUGACUCUCCUUUGGAUCCUAACACCCAGCCUGGUGAAACUAAAAUAAUGAGCUUCACCCAAGACAAGACUCAAACAUCUCCCAUCACACCCUCUCAACCUACUUCCAAGCAGGACAGUUCCCAAGUGGAGGUGAAGUCUUCUGCCCCAAAACCCACCUUGCCUCCUUCCCCCCAAGAUGUUGAGGGUAGCAGUACCGAAUCUGGCGACUCUGAGAUUGAGAUGGUGUCUGAAGAGCCUAGUCCACGAUCUCCCAGCACUGGCUACAUGAGCUUCAAUAAGAGUCCCAGCACAACUUCAUCUACCACAGUACCUUCCACAGCACCCAUCCCAUCAUCUACCCCUGCAUUUGCCCUAAGCACUGCAAUGCAGUACAGCAUCUUGAGGGAGGAACGUGAAGCAGAGCUGGACAGUGAACUGGCUCUGGAGUCCUGUGGAGAGGAAAGUCCCAAAAGAUUGACCCACGACUCCACAAAUGGCCUCAAGGAGACCCAACAGCCAGCCAAAAAAACCACAACCCCGACUUCACCAACUAAAGAACCAAUCAUGACUCCCACUGCACCUCCUCCAACCAUUCCAGCCCCAACCAGUGCUCCUAAAGAGAUGACAUCCACCAUGGAGGAGAAGCCCAAACCCAGCAGCACAACCCUCAGCCCGGGCCUGGCGGAGCUGAAGGUGGAGCAUCCUGCUGGAGAGGUGCACCAGAAAGAAAGGAGACGGUCCAGUCCAGCCUGCAGGGGCUCUGAGGGAACGACUGCACCACCCGCCGUCUUCCAGGAUCUAACCAGGGAGAAAGUGAUGGAGUUGCUGUACUGGCGGAACCUGAAGCAGAGUGGGCUGGUGUUUGGCAGUUUACUGCUGCUGCUUUUCUCUCUGACGCAGUUCAGUGUGGUCAGCGUGGUGGCCUAUCUGGCUCUGGCCGCCCUCUCUGCCACCAUCAGCUUCAGAAUUUACAAGUCUGUGCUGCAGGCUGUGCAGAAAACAGACGAGGGACAUCCCUUCAAAGCAUAUCUGGAGGUGGAGAUGUCACUGUCCCAUGAUCAGAUGCAGAAGUACGCAGAAAACGCCCAGUACUGUAUCAACAGCACACUGAGAGAACUGCGCAGGCUGUUUUUGGUGCAGGAUCUGGUGGACUCACUGAAGUUUGCAGUGCUGAUGUGGUUGCUGACCUAUGUGGGAGCCCUCUUCAAUGGACUCACUCUUUUUAUUAUGGCGGUGGUGUCCAUGUUCUCGAUGCCUGUGGUCUAUGAGAAAUACCAGGCACAGAUUGAUCAGUAUAUGGCCCUAAUAAGAACCCAAGUCAACUCUGUGGUAGGGAAGAUCCAGGAGAAGAUUCCUGGGGCCAAACGAAAGGCUGAAUAGACCCCACAGGGCUAUCUGGAGGAGGCUGUGAGCACCUGAAGGGUUCCUCUUUGUACAAACACACAUCAGACACAAAUCAACAUCACUGGAACAUAGUUCUACUUUGUACACAUUGUGACGUCUAGCACAAAGGCUGAGCUGUGCAGGAGAAGUCCCAUCCUCGCUUUGUAACUAUAGAAAAAAAAAAACGAAGUGUGCUUUCUCUCAAAUCAAGAUCUAGUCAGAAUUACAACUACUUAAUGAAUUGUAGAAGUAAUUUUUUUUUGUUGCUUAUCAAGUGCAUGAAGUCAAGAGUCUUAAGUGCUGAUGAAUUCUCUUUUCAUCUUUUAAGUUUGUGUGCUUUGUUGGCAAAACUCUAGUAUGUGAAAGAUCUCUGCAGCUUUAUUGCUCUCCAGUGACACUCUCUUCUUGGAAAAAAAAGCUUUUUUGUGUCUUUUGCGUUGGGUGGGGCUUUUCCUCUUCCAUCACUAUAUCUGUAAACAUGAUUAACAUAACCAUCAUUGUCAGCUAGACGCAUGGAUCUGAUGAGAUUCAUGAUAUCUGGGCACAAACGCAACUAUUUAGAAAUGUUCUAAUUAGAUAUGGUCAGCUCACUAGUAGCAGUACAGUACGUUUCUUUUUCGUAGGAGUCCGCUACAGAGAUUAAUGUUAUUAGAUGCUGUCAUUAAUCUUUUUUUGUUUUUUUUUUUGAAAAUGAUACAAAAUAAAAGAGAGGGAGGAGAAGGAAGCUUCAGUGAGUGAUUGCCAGGUAGAAUCUGUCAAUCUUUGUACUGUUAAGUGUUGUUCAUUCUUUUAGCCAUUGACUCUUAACUAUUUGCACUUAAGAUGUACUCAAUAUUGAAUGCGAAAAUAAAUGUUCUUAAAUGUA